AUGGCGCAAGCUUCGCCGGAGACCGUCGACCGGCUGUUCAACGAGCUGAAGUCAAGGAGUGCCGAAGCCAGAGAGAAUGCCGCGAAGGCACUGCGCCAGAGCCUCGAGGCUGCUCAUCGAGAGUUGCCUCCGGGCCAGUUCGCGAAUUAUUACGACCGCGUAUGCAACCGCAUAAACGCCCUCGUCGUCCAGGGCAAUGAGACGAAUGAGCGCCUGGGAGGAAUCCAAGCAUUAGACCAGCUCAUCGACUUCAAGGGCGACGACGCUGGCCAGAAGACCACGCGAUUCGCAAGCUACCUGCGCGCCAUAUCGCAGGGGAAUGACAAUGCCGCUAUCGAUGCCGCGUCGCAUGCUCUGGGAAGGUUGGCGAAGCCCGGCGGCACUCUCACCGCAGAGCUGGUGGAAGCCGAGGUGAAGAGUGCAUUGGAGUGGCUGCAGAUGGAUCGCCAGGAGAACCGUCGCUUCGCCGCCGUGUCGAAUUUGAGAGAGCUUGCAAAGAACUCGCCCACGCUCAUGUACCAGUGGGUCCCCCAAAUAUUCGAAGUCAUCUGGUAUGCGCUGCGGGAUCCAAAGGUCCGCAUCCGCCAGGCGGCUGCCGAGGCCAUCAGCUCCUGCUUGGAGAUUAUCUCGGCGCGCGAUCAGCAAAUGCGGAACCAUUUCUUCGGUAAGGUCUAUGACCAGGUCCUGACCGGAUUCACGGUGAAUACCGUGGAGUCAAUACACGGAGCAAUACUGGCCAUGAAAGAGCUUCUCCGGAGAGGUGCCAUGUUCAUGCAUGGGUCCCGAUACAUCGAAGCUUGCAACAACGUGCUGAGAUACAAGGAUCACCGUGACGCACUCAUCAGGCAGGAGGGCCUUCUCAGAGAAGAGAACAAGGACCGUAGCGCAGCAUUCAUAGUUGUGGGGAAGAUUGCUGGAGCAGUUGGAAGCCACUUCGGAAAGUACAUUGACGGCACCCUGACGGUCAUCAAGAACACCCUCAUCCGCAAGACACGCUACCGAGCCCAGGAAGAGCCGGCUAUCUUCGAAUGUCUCAGCAUGCUUUCGAUAGCUGUUGAGCAGGCCCUCAGCAAGCACGUGGACUCGCUUCUGGACCCGAUGUUCUCCUGCGGACUGAGCGAUCCUCUCACCCAAUGUCUCGUUGACAUGGCCCAUUACGUCCCUUCCAGUAGAGCAGCCAUCCAGGAGCGUCUGCUCGAUCUUCUCAGCCAAGUUUUGUGUGGCCGCUCGUUCAUCUCUAUGGAAAUCAUCAGGCAGAAAGAGGCUGAGAUUGCCCUGGCACUUAAAACUCUUGGCGAGUUUAAUUUCUCUGGCCACGUGCUGAACGAAUUCGUGCGGGAUGUUGCUAUCAAGUACGUCGAGGCAGACAACAGGGAGAUUCGGAAAGCUGCCGCGCUCACCGCAUGCCAACUUUUCAUCGGCGACCCCAUAGUGACCCAGACGAACGUGGAUCCAGACAUCCGUCAUACUGUGCUCAGGGCACUCGACUACCGCUUUGACCGCCAUUUGGUGGUUGCCUCGCCAAAGUUGAUCAAACCUUAUGUUGAUCCUAUGAUCACCGCUAUCGGCGAUCUUGCAACUGUGGGCGGCGACGACAUGAAGCAGUACAUCCCCGAGUUGAUGGAUAUCAUAAUCGAGAAUCUCCAGGACCUCAGCUCAGAGUCGAAACGGAUGGCAGCUCUUAUUGCGCUCAGUCAGCUGGCUUCAAAUGCUGGCUAUGUCAUAGAGCCUUACAAAGAGCACUCGGAACUUCUGACGAUCCUCAUCAAUAUUAAGAUCGUCGAGAAAUCUCCAGAGCACAACUUGCAGGCAGAGGCUCAAGCUGUCACCGAUGUCUCAUUGAUCAUGAGUGGUAUCACACCAUCAAACGAGGAGUUCUAUCCAACUGUCGUCAUCAACACCCUCAUGGGACUUCUCAAAGACACAUCGUUGGCACAGUAUCAUUCGGCUGUCGUUGAUGCAGUGAUGAACAUUUACGCCACAAUGGGUCUGAAGUGCGUGCCAUUCCUGCCGCAAGUUGUACCAGGUUUUCUGGGCGUCAUCCGAGGAGCACCAGCGGGACGUGUGGAAGGCUACUUCAACCAACUGAGCCAACUCGUGAGAAUCGAAUUCUGGAGCGGAGAAUUCAAGAUUUACCUCGCCAAUGUUCUGCCGUUGAUGCUGGAGGAGUACAUGCACUUGAUUAUACCGGUCAUUGUUCGCAUGUUCGACAAGCCUGGACAGCCGCAUGGCCUACGGAAGUCGGCUAUUGAGACCAUUGGCCGCCUUUCGAGGCAAGUCAACAUCUCAGAGUUCGCCGCCAUGAUCAUUCACCCACUCUCGAGAGUGCUUGCCGGCAAUGACAUCGCUCUUAAGCAAACAGCCCUUGACACAUUGUCCGCUCUAAUCUUCCAACUUGGUCCUGACUACAUUCACUUCAUUCCCACUAUCAACAAGAUCCUUGUCACACACAAGGAUCUGAGUCCGGACGAACGGUACGGCGAUGACGACGAGGACCUCAAUGCUACAGAGAUCUCAACAAAGAAGCUGGCAGUCAACCAGCAACAUCUCAAAAACGCUUGGGACGCCACUCAGAAGACUACUCGCGAGGACUGGAUCGAAUGGAUGAGACGAUUCAGUGUCGAACUACUGCGGGAGUCUCCUCAGCAGGCUCUUCGCGCUUGCACGCCUUUGGCAAGCGUCUACAACCCUAUCGCUAAGAGUCUGUUCAACUCGGCCUUCGUGUCCUGUUGGACUGAACUUUAUGAUCAGUAUCAAGAAGAGCUCAUUCUUCUCAACCUUGCCGAAUUCAUGGAGCAUGAUGACAAAGCGCUUCCAAUCGACGUCCGCACCCUCGGCAUGUACGCUGCCAGGUGCCAUGCAUACGCGAAGGCUUUGCAUUACAAGGAGCUUGAGUUCAACGCGGAGCAAAACGCUCGUGCCGUCGAGGCCCUCAUUAGUAUCAAUAAUCAGCUGCAACAGACCGAUGCCGCAUUUGGUAUUUUGAGGAAGGCCCAGAACUACCAAGACGUCGAGCUCAAGGAAACCUGGUUUGAGAAGCUCGAGAAGUGGGAGGAGGCCCUUAAGUCCUAUCAAAGGCGUGAGAAGGACGAGCCUGAUUCAUUCGAGAUUACUAUGGACAAGUGGAUCCACGCUCCGCAGGAAUACCGGAGAUCCAUCGCUCCUCUAGCCGCUGCUGCUGCUUGGGGCCUUGGACAGUGGGAGCUUAUGGAUCAGUACCUGUCAGUGAUGAAGUCAUCGUCUCCAGAUUGGUCAUACUAUGGCGCCAUUUUGGCCAUUCACCGCAAUCAGUUCGAGGAGGCCCAGAAGCACAUCACAAAGACGCGCGACGGUCUCGACACCCAGCUCAGCGCUGUCUUUGGCGAAUCUUACCAGCGUGCUUAUCUACCGCUGGUGCGUGUGCAGAUGCUCGCUGAGCUUGAGGAGAUUAUCACCUACAAGCAGAACAGCAACAACCCAGAGAAGCAAGCAAGCAUGCGUGCAACCUGGAUGAAGCGUCUGCUCGGCUGCCAGCCAAACCCGGAGAUCUGGCAGAGAAUGCUCAAGUUCACCAACCUCUGCCGGAAGAACCAGAGGGUGGGUCUCGCUGAGAAGUCGCUGCGUUCCCUGCUUGGUGGCACUCAUGAAGACAUCUUCGCCUACGUUCGGAACCACGCCCACGAGAUACCACAUCCUAUUUCCUACGCCGUUUUCAAAUUCAUGUGGUCGUCGGAUCGCAAUGAGGAGGCACUAGAUCUACUUAAAGACUUUACUUCUCGCGUUGCAGAUGACCUUCAGAUCAGAUCCAAGGACGCCAUGGGACAGAACGGUCUUGUGAAUGGCAUGCACGGUCUGAACAUGAAUGGCUCUGGAAUGGUGAACGGUACUAGCCAGGCGCCAGGCGCAAAUCAUUUCGAUCUGGCGGAGACUCAGAAACUCCUUGCCAAAUGCUACCUCAAGCAGGGCGAAUGGCAGACACACCUACACAAUGGCGACUGGACGCACGAGCACGUGCACGAGGUCCUGUCUGCUUAUGCUGCGGCCACACGAUACAAUCAGAACUGGUACAAGGCAUGGCAUGCAUGGGCAUUGGCUAACUUCGAGGUUGUCAACGCCAUGUCGCCGCAGGCCGACAGAUCCACACCGGACCUUCCUGCCAGUGCUGUACACGAGCACAUCGUUCCCGCCAUCCAUGGUUUCUUCAAGUCCAUCUCCCUCUCCUCUGCCAGUUCUCUGCAAGAUACCCUCCGUCUUCUUACCCUCUGGUUCGCUCACGGAGGCCAUCCCGAGGUUAACACAGCUGUCACAGAAGGUCUCUUGGCGCGUAUCAACCAGCCAAACGUCAGGGUUCGCCAGUCGAUUCACAACCUCUUGUCCGACGUCGGACAUGUCACCCGUCGUUCGCGCUCAGCAACAGCUCUCAUGGAUGCGAUGCGACAACACUCCCCCAGGCUCGUGGACCAGGCUGAUUUGUGGCAUGAGGGUCUGGAAGAGGCUUCAAGGUUGUACUUCGGUGACCGCAACAUCGAAGGCAUGUUUGCAACUCUUGCGCCGCUCCAUGCUAUGCUCGACAAGGGCCCAGAGACUCUUCGCGAGAUCUCAUUCAUCCAAUCGUUUGGGCGCGAGCUCCAAGAGGCACGCGACUGGUGCCAGACUUUCAGAAAUUCUGGUGAAGAGGGUGACUUGAACCAAGCUUGGGACCUGUACUACCAAGUCUUCCGGAAGAUCGCUCGUCAGCUACCCUCUCUGAUGACUCUCGAACUUCAAUACGUCUCACCAAAGCUCAAGGCUGUACAUGACUUGGACCUGGCCGUACCUGGCACAUACCAGAGUGGAAAGCCUAUCAUCCGGAUCCAGUCGUUCGAUCCUGUUUCUACUGUUAUUCAGUCUAAGCAGAGACCGAGAAGGUUGGUGAUCAAGGGAAGCGAUGGUGUCAACUACAUGUACGCUCUGAAAGGUCACGAGGAUAUUCGUCAGGACGAGCGUGUCAUGCAACUUUUCGGCCUGGUCAACACUCUUCUUGACCAUGAUGCUGAAUCCCGGAAGCGUCAUCUCAACAUCCAGCGGUAUCCUGCGAUUCCUCUGUCCACCCAAUCCGGUCUUCUGGGAUGGGUGCCGAACAGCGAUACCCUCCAUGUGCUCAUCCGUGAAUACCGCGAGAGCCGCAAGAUCCUUCUCAACAUUGAGCACCGUAUUAUGUUGCAGAUGGCUCCAGACUACGACUGCUUGACACUAAUGCAGAAGGUCGAGGUGUUCGGCUACGCUCUAGACAACACAACUGGUCAAGAUCUCUACCGUGUGCUCUGGCUUAAGAGUAAGAGUUCUGAGGCAUGGCUUGACCGCCGUACCAACUACACUCGGUCUCUGGCUGUCAUGUCCAUGGUUGGAUACAUUCUGGGUCUUGGUGACCGUCAUCCUUCCAACUUGAUGCUCGAUAAGGUUACCGGCAAGAUCAUCCAUAUCGAUUUCGGUGACUGCUUCGAGGUGGCAAUGCACCGCGAGAAAUAUCCUGAGAGGGUACCGUUCCGUUUGACGAGAAUGUUGACGUACGCCAUGGAAGUCAGCAACAUCGAGGGCAGCUACCGCACGACCUGCGAGCAUGUCAUGCGUGUGUUGAGGAGCAACAAGGAGUCCGUCAUGGCUGUACUUGAAGCAUUCAUCCACGAUCCCCUCCUCAACUGGCGCCUUGGUACGCGUGAAUCUCCUCCGGAACCUUCGUUCUCCUCGCAGCGCCGCGCUUCCAUCAUCGGUGCCGAUGUCGUUCCUGGCGAUCGUCCCGAAUCGUCCUUCCGUCCCCGCCACCGGUCCAGUAUUGUGCCGCCCGGUACAGGCGGGCCGAAUGAGCCAGAGGCCAGGGAGGAGCAGAACGCCCGAGCGCUACAGGUUUUGUCGCGCGUCAAGCAGAAGUUAACAGGUCGCGACUUCAAGCCUCAAGAGGAGCUAAACGUCAACAACCAAGUGGACCGGCUCAUUCGGGAGGCGACGAAUCUAGAGAACCUGUGCCAGCAUUACAUUGGUUGGUGCAGUUUCUGGUAG